CAUCAGGAGCCCGGCGGAGGGAGUGGAUUCGAUUUUGCCUCCUCCGUCUCGGUGCCACCCACCGUUAGUCUGUCGCUUGCCCGUUCCGACGGCGACGGGAGGGACACGGCGGAGGAACAGCAACCAUGCACAUCCCGCCAACAUGCCGAGCCUGGUGGUGGUGGUGGCGCUGGUGGUCAACAGCUCGCAGCGAUCCAGCUGCUAAACGGCGCCAGCGGACAGUCGAGCGCGCUGGGCAGCACAAAGGCGGCGGUUCAGAUAAACGGCGUGGCAGUGGACCACUUCCAUCAGAACUCGGACGUGGACGAGGAUCGACGGUCGCUGUGUCAGAACAACGAUGUUCAGGGUUUCAUUUCGUACUCGUCGGACAGCAGCAUGAUCGAGCUAAACCUAAAGUUUCGCAAGUGCGCCUGUAACGAGAACAUUAUCAACAUCUCCAAGGAAAACGUGCAGCAGAUGCAGCGAACCAGCCCGACGGGUGCGGCGGAAUCAGCCACCAGCAUUGCCGACAGCACUGCCACCGUUGGUCCGGCUAGCGGCGUUGCUGGCAAAGAAGGUAAAGGUAAAAAAAUGCUAUCAUUAAACAAGGACAAUUUGAACAGGUUAGUGCGCAAGCUGAACGAUACCGCCACGAACAGCCCAUCCGCAUCAUGUACAAAGUGUAGAUUAUCGUUAGACGUGAAACAUAUUUUAAAGCAAAUCGUACGAGUGAAAGCCAAACACCCCAACGAUCCGGCAGACGACUGCGGGGACGGUGUAUGCUGCCACUCGGCCCAGUCGCCUUACGGCGACGAAUCCUGCUCCCUUCGCCGCCCAGCCCUGCCGCUCACAAUCGACGACUCGAUGGUGGGACUGCGGGCCGACGAUUCGCUGCUCGGAAGCUCCGCCUCGCCGUUACCGUCGCCCAACUCGCCCGUGCCGGUCAUCGGUACGCUCGAGCGACGGCACAGCGAAACCGUGGAGCGACGCUCGAUCGGCAUCCAGCACGCCUCGAGACAGGGUCGCAAAAAGGCUCCGCUGUUGCGUGCGCACGGGCGAAGCAUAGCGCAGGCGGAGGAGAUCAUCAUCAUUUCGGACGAAUUCCGGCGACAAUCGUUACGCGACCAGCAAUCGAUCCGGGUGCAGAAGAGUCCGAAAAAGUUUUCCAAAUCGAUGGAAAGCAUUGACAAGCGCAAUCCGCCGUCGCUCUCCCUCCGGCCGGUGGCCAUCAGGAGCUUCCAGCUGCCCGGCUCGACGGUGCACGGUUUGGAUCCAGCCGACGAGAUGCUAACGAUAGUGGUGCACAAUGGUACUAAUCAUGGGACUGUAUCGAGCAGCGGGGAAGGCGCCGGCGCCCCGAAAUCGAUAUCCAAAUCCGUCGACGAUAUGACGCUCGAGCCGGGAGCGUGCGACGAACUGUCGCCCUCCGGCCAGCCCAAAUCCAUCGAACCGGCGGGCGACGAUGUGGAGCUGAUCUUUAUCUCGGACGAGUUUGUCAAACGAAAGUCCAAGUCCAGCUCGGAUGUGAUCAUCGUGCAAGGUGCGGCGGAUCGGCGGCGCGAAAGCAGCAGACGCAAGAAACCGGCCAAAACGCUGUCAGUGGCCGGGGCGGAAGGGUGCAGCGCACAGGACAGGCGGAAGCUGAGCAUCACCACUGCCCGGCCCGCCAGUACCGAGGGUCGCAUCGUGAAGUCGGCAACCAUUCCGGUGGUGACGGCAUCGCCCGGCGCGAAGGCCAAAAAUGGCCGACGCAAAACCACAAUCUCAAACUCGAAUAGUUUUCUCACGUACGAGGAACCGUUCUCGCCGGAGACGCUCGAAAACAAAGACAUCGGGCAGCUGUUUGCCGAGGCAUCAGCGAUCGAAUAAUGCCGGCGGGCGGCCACAAAAACGUACAGCUACAAGAGAAUCUUCCUCAUUUCCACCUCCUGGCAUGCCGUUUCUUCAUCUCGCGUGUGCACGUGGAGACGAAUCCCUGGCGCAUAUCGGUGAAUCUUCCAUUUAUUCGGGUGUGGUCCUUUUGUUAGCGUUCAAGUUGCAGGGUUUGCCAGCAAUUUCGUUACGAUCGUUGUUAUGUUGAGUUACGAGCUUAGCCAAAAACCGUACCGACUAUGCCCAUCGUCUACUGUUAGGGAUGCUUUUACAUUCUAUAGCAAUUAUCUCAAUACUCACUCAACACUUCCCGGGCGCGCUGUAGCUCAUGUGUUUAAUUUAAGUGCGCGAAUGUUUGUUUUUUUUUUCGAUGUUCCGUGCUUACAGCAGUUUGCAAACUUCGUUCAACUCUCUCAGGCUGCGAUGCCGGUAGGCAAACAACACGUUACAGAUAUAGUGCAAUACAUACAUACAUACAUACAUACAUACAUACCUACAAACAUACAUACAUACAUAUAUACAAAUAUAAAUAUGUGUAGUGAGCAUAUUCUCUAAGGUAUAAUUCAACAAUACAAUCAGGCACAAUCCAAUGGGACUGACACUAGUAUCGACUGAUUACGAAAUUCAUGUAAAAGAGGUCAUCUUUUGAAGCAACCUCCCAGGUAUGUGUCAUGAGCAGUGAAUUUUACGAAGGCAAAGAUUGCGAAGUCGAAAAACAAAAGUAUUGCGAAGGAUAGCAAUAAGUGGAAUGUGUUCACAGUACAUGCCCCACACAAGUUACAGAACACGUACACGCAUGCACACGCACAACAAUAACGAAGCUAGUAAUAAUUCCACUGAAAGCGUCCAAUAGCGGAAUUUAGUCGCGUUGCACGAUUUCCCGACCCGGCACGGCACCACUUUCUCACGUCAAGCUGACACGGACCUUUCUUUUCCCCAAAUCUUACUUUCAGAUCUGAUAUGAAUGAAUCCGUAAGCACGCACACACACACACACCACCAACCUCACCCACCCUCUAAUGCCGUCCUUCCACUGUUUGUUGCAUUAGUGGCACAGGCAUAAUGAAUGCCGAGAACAUUUCCUGCGCUCAAAUGCUGUUACAGCACUGAAACCAUUCACACAACAGCAUACCAUUUACAACUGUGAAGGCUGGGUGGUAAACUAUAGGUAUAGGGUUUAAGGGUGUGAUAGCAGACAAUUAAUGGAAAGACACCGAACUACAGCAAUUAGACGCGGCGAUUAGACAAAAGUCAUAAGCGGGCGGGCGCGCCACCGCCUGUCGAUAGAUCAUGUUGUAUUAUUAUAAGGUGAUUGGUAUAGGUUUUUUUUUUGUUUGUUUGUCAUUGUUGAUGUCAUUA